CGGUCCGCUAGGUUCUCGUCGAGCUCGUCGAGGGGCGUGCGGGGCUGUAUGGGCCGGCGUCUAUGCCGGCAGGAGGACGGCCAUAAGUGCGGGAAGCCAUCAUGGCUCGGAGAUGUCCAGGGGGCGCACGAGACGCCGGAAUGCUUGCGUGGAUGCAUCCGAUAUGGAAACUUCGGCCAACGAGAACGCCAGGGUGGCGCGGCAUCCCCCGGUUCUGGGGCCGGCAAUCCCCGGGUCUCGACGAUGGCGCCGAAAAUUCCUGCGGCACCUGCCAGCGCCCCUUCCACUGCCACGGCAACAGCGCCGGAAAUGAACUGCAUGCGACCGUUGUCUGUGAUCGUCGACCGCGGCGACAAGUGCAACGGCUGCCUCGCCGCGGAAGGGUCCUGCGGAACUCCCCGUUAGCCUUUGCCUCCGAGUCGCGUGGCUUGAGUGUUCAUGUCGAUGUCAUUGGCGCUCAAGGAUACUUUGCGCGGGAGACUGCGCACAGUCAGUCCAUGCCCGAAUCCUCGGGGCGCGCGGUGAGCAUGCGUGACAGUGGUCCCUCGGGAAACGAUGGCGAGCAGGAGAAGAACUUCGCAUGCCGUUGUCCGCAAAGACAUGUGUACCGUACAGUCGGCAAACGACCCGUUCUCAGUGCAGAACGAAGCGCGCGCGGGACGACACCGCGGCAGCUCACGCGGAGCGACGGACGUCCACAGCGCCGUAACAUGACCACGUCGUAUGAGCAGGGACAGGCGAGGAAUUGAUGUCCAUUGAGUGGCCGCACAUGCCCUCUUCCAUUGCGUCAGUGCGGGGUCGUCAUCUGUUGACAGUCGACGCGUCGGCUCGGGCGAGAAGUGCGAAAUGGAGAUCACAUUCACGGAAGGCCCCGUGGAUUUGCUGCUAGUCCAACCUGCCGUCACUAAGUAGCCGG